UAACUUUAUUUUUAGGGCUGGGAUGGUCCAGGGGCACGUGGAUGUAAAUUGUAGUCUAUCCCGCGAAAUCCGAAGCAAAACAGGGACGCAAAUAUUUAUAUUGCCGAAACAAAGUUAGAUACAAUCCCUUUAGUUGUGUAUAGUAAAGUUAAUAUACAACAAUCAUGCCUCGUUUCAUGAAGAGCGGCAAGGUCGUUAUCGUCCUAGGUGGACGUUACGCCGGUAAGAAGGCUGUAAUUGUGUCCAACCACGACAACGGAGACAAGGAGCGAAAGUACGGCUAUGCUGUAGUUGCUGGUGUAUCCAAGUACCCCUUGAAGAUUGGCAAGGGUAUGGGACAGAAGAAGAUCUCUAAGAGAUCCAAGGUCAAGCCUUUCGUAAAGAUCGUGAACUACAACCACCUUAUGCCCACUCGUUACACUCUUGAUGUUGCUCUUGACGGAGUAGUCAGCAAAGAGAUCGUCAAGGACGCCGCUCAGCGCAGCGCCGCCCGCAAGAAUGUACGCAAGGUUCUUGAGGAGCGAUACAAGACUGGAAAGAAUAAGUGGUUCUUCGAGAAGCUAAGAUUCUAAGUUGAACUACUUAAGUAUAAGCAAGUCUCAUGAUUAAAAGUGUAGGGCUGGUAUUCCGUCGACUCCGCUUUGAUAUCAGGUUUCGUUAGUGUAUUGUGUGUUCUAUGUACAAAGUCAGUUUGAGUACUGGUUGAAAACUGAAUAGAGCAGUACUGUAGCUGUAUAUGGCAGUGAACAAAUGCAUGUGCAUGGUUGGCAUUUGCAAGUUAUCGCAACUUAUACCUAUCGAAAGAACAUUCACAUGUUCACAGAUGUGCCUUUUUUUAACCUUGAUAGUUUAGCGCAUGUAUACCAGUAAUUCAGCGUUCAGGAGACCUUGAUGACUAUACAUGCACCACGCAUACGUUCACGCCGAACUGCGUCAUAUUUAUAUGAUUCCGUCUCAGAGUGACGUUGAUGAUUAUGUUAAUCUGAGUCUCCGAUUGAACCUGUCUUGUACGUUGUUUGCUCACACUUGCGAAUAUUACGGUGAAAGCGUCUGUCUUUUUGUGCUCAACUCGCGAUGGUCAUGGUUAGUAUUCACAAUUGUCGUUUUAUUUUAUUGGAACUGUUUCUGAGUCUUGCCGAAUUAGUAUAUUCUAUUACUUACAGGGUGCUUAUGUAUUACUGUCGUUCGAUUGUUGCAAGCGGAUACGCGAGUUUGAGAUUUAUACUCCGAUAGGAUAGAAGUCUGAUUUUCUCUUCUUUGUCAUAGUCUAGUGGCGUAUUUCUCAUCGACGGGCUUUAUCAAUGAACUGUUAGCCAAGUACAUCACUGCUGUUGUCAUAUGUGCGAGCAUACGUGCGCAAAAUGAUAUGUUCCCCAUGGGUAACAUAUUGCAUCUCUAUAACGAGAAAUUGAAUUGACGCCAAUGCAGACUUGAGAGAUUAAUAUCUCAAUAAACGAGGCAACUGCCUGAAACAUGAACUAACUCCCCUAUUUUUACUUGCUUGUUUGUUAAAUG